CUAUCCUUCGUUCACCGCCGAGACGCACAGACACGAAAAUCAGGAUUCUAAAAUUUGUCGAACCUUUUUUUGGGGGGCAGCUUUAGUGUGCAACAGCUUUUUUGGCUAGUGUUGGACACCCCACUUGAAAGUGUGCGAGCUUUUGAACAAAACAAAAAAGUGUUGUGUAAUUUGAAGUGCUUUUUUUCAUUUUUCCGAAGGGGAUGCUGCAUCGGGAUUAACCUCAAUUUCCGGAAAUGUGAGCCCUCUUGGAAGUUUCGAGCGGAAAAAAAGAAACAAGAGUGAACAAAAAAGAGGAAGAAAUUAAAAACAGGAAGAGAACAAGAGCGCAAAGUUAGUGUGAGUGUGCAAUCCCGGAUCCAUCAAUCUAUAAUCGUCGUCGUCGUCGUCGUCGUUCAAGUUGUAGUCGUUGAAGUUGUGUUUUGAAGUGUGCUUUUCCUCUCAUUGCUGCUGCCCCGGCUUCAGUUUUGCUCAACUUGUGUGUGAUGUUCUCUCUCCUGCCUGGAUUUCCCCUGUGGGAUGUGGAUGUUGCUUACCUGGUUUGACUGACUGACUCUUCCAGGCUUGCUGCGUUCACCAAAGUGGAAAACUUUCGCACCAAGAAACCUUGAAAUUUGCCAAACGAUGCAAAUUGCUACGGGUUGAAAGUGUGUGUGUGUUUGCACAAAAAAGUGAGUUUCUGCGGAAAAUUGGCAAACUUUGGUACUUUUUAUUUGUCUCUGCAACGCUUUGCAAUUUUCCCUGGAAUCACCCUAACAAAAAAAAAACGGAAUCAGCCCGUGAAGAACCGCUGAGGAGUUCGAGAGGAGGAGCAAGGGCUAUCGCAUUUUCGUCAUGAAAAGAAAAUCCCCAGAUAAAAAUUGAUAGAAUCCGAAAAGGAGAUUAAACACCUCGCCACUUCCACGUCUUUGGUCCUCCCCAGGGGCCAGCGAGCAAACUUUCCCGGACCAGACAGAGACAGAGACAGUGGCAGUCGACUUUGUCACCGAGCAAGCAACAUCCAGAAACAGACUCCCAUCAAUCACGUGCCAAAAAUCAUGUAAAAGCCAAGUAAAAGAUUGAAAAUCUCAACCCAACCAAAAUCCAAUCACCGACCUAAACCAAGCCACACGAUGGAGGACUCCCGGGGAACGCGCUCGCGCAAGGACCUCAAAAAGACCCACGCCGACUCGUGGCCCAGCCGGACGUCGCUGCCGGCCAGUCCGAAAAUCAUCAAGACCACCGAGGACGACAACGAUGUGUUCGAGUUCAGCCACCAGUUUAUCAGCCGCCGGAAGCAGUCCUCGUCGGCGUCGUCCCACACGACGACCUCGGUGACCACGCCGACGGGAGGGGCGACCGGGUCGUCCUGCACCGGGGCAUCCGGGACGACGGGAGAGGGUGACGGUGACGGCGGGGUGCAGUACGAGUAUGGGGCGAUUAGUCCGCGGUUUGAACGAAAACGCUUCGAGUACUGUUACCCAACCGUGUCCAAGGAGGACUUUUCCAACAGUAUAUCCCUCGACAAUCACGACAUCGAUCGCAAAAAGAAACGCAUUUAUCCCAGCAAAACGCCGGAAAAUUCUCUCGAAAAUGAACCAUUAUUCCUGGACGGUUCCGGUGGGGCAGCCAGCUGUAGCUCGCCGGGGGCGGUCACAGUGUCCACCUCGGUCACCGGCACCGGGACGGCCACCACGACCACGGCACCCGUGCCGCACAGUUCAAGGGCAAAGUCACCGGUGGUGGGGGGUCGUUCACCGCGGCACUCGCGCCGCCAGCUCAACAGCGAGAUCAACAUCACGUCCAAUCCAGGCUACCAGGUCCUCCGCAAUUCCCAUUCGACGUUGGACCGCACCUGCUCGGACAGCGUGGUGUCACUGCACUAUCACAAAUCGACCAGUGACCUGACCCAGACCACGGCCGAAAUGUCCGGAGGCGGUGGCAGUGGAGUCGGCCCCGGUUCCGGCGCACGGAAGGGACGCCGACGAAGCAGCCACAAAGGCCUGGCCCUGCUGGCCAGCCGGAAGGGGUCACGUGAUUCGGUCAAAAGUGGGGCCUCCAACACGUCCGUGUUCUCGAACGAGGACGUCGGUCCGCUUGCGUUCCAGUCGUCGGCCCGGGGACGCCAACGGAGGACAUCAAACUUUCUCGAGCUGCCAAUUCCGGAUCACGCGAGGCCCCGUGUGUGCUCGUUGCCGGAGCGGCCGUACAACCCGCGCCAGAGUGACGACCUGUACCGGCUGAGGCACUUUUCGAUCAGCAAGGGAACCGUGGUCAACUGUGGCGAUUCGAUUAUAUCGCGACGUUCGAAGAGUAAUACCAGCGUCAAUUCCACGGCUAGUCGCGCCAGCGAACGUUCCCCCUUCGACGGAUCCUGCUGCGGGGGAGGAUACGCCACGGUGGACUCACUCCCGUCCUCGCCGGUUGGGGGCGACGAGGAAGACAGCGAACCCAUCCCGACCAGGUACCGCGUGGUGAUGCUGGGCGAUUCUGGCGUCGGCAAAACGGCGCUCGUGUCGCAGUUCAUGACGUCCGAGUACAUGCACACAUACGACGCCAGUCUUGAAGACGACGAGUUUGGCGAAAAGACCGUUAGCGUCCUGCUGGAUGGCGAAGAGUCCGAGAUGAUAUUCAUCGAUCACCCGAACGUCGAGAUGAGUGUGGAGAACUCGUUAUCAACAUAUGAACCUCAUUGCUGCGUGGUCGUCUACUCGAUCGUGGACCGCAACACGUUCCGCGUCACCGAGGAGAUCCUCAACUAUCUGUGGUCGGAGAACUACACCAAGGAGAAGGCGGUCAUCAUCGCGGCCAACAAGUCCGACCUGGCCCGGUCCCGGGCAAUCAGCACUUCGGAGGGGAAACAGUUAGCCACCUCGCGGGAGGCGAAAUUCAUCGAAACGUCCAGCGGAAUCCAGCACAACGUGGACGAACUGCUCGUGGGUGUGCUGAAACAGAUCCGCCUCAAGGAGCAGCGCGAGAAGCGCGCCAGCGCCACCAACCUGCGCAACUCGCGCACCCAGAUGUCGCUGCACAUCGCCAAAGAGAUCCUGCACAAGAUCUGCCUCACCGACAUCACCAAGUCGAAGAGCUGUGAAAACCUGCACGUGCUGUAAAUCGAAUUUAUGCUCCCAAAGAAAUUCCGAAUUCACUCUUCCGAACUUUGCCAUAUCAUGAAAAACGCGCUCAGAGUUGAGAUUUCAAAAGUAAGAAAAAUAUUGCCGAAAUCAAACAGGUAUAAACCACAUUAAGAGGUUUUUCCAUUUGCAGAGAAGAGAGUUUUUAGUGAACGUGUAAACCUAGUUAGAUUCACUUCAAAUCAAACCACUUGAGCACAAAAAAAAGCUCACACACGUGGGGUGGGGAAGUGGGAAAAAGCCGUAAACCUACAUAACCUAAUAUCAUCGCCACACGAGACGAAGACGGCGAAGAAGCGCGCGAACGUAAGUACGAGUCGUAAAUCGAGUAGAAAACGUUUAACGUGCAGGGGUUUUAGCGCAAAAAAAGAAAAAAAAAAGAGAUGAGAUUUAUUCGCAUCAACCACACUUCUAAGUAAAAAACGAAAGGCCCACAAAUUAUAUUACCCUUCCUAGUCGUAAAAUUUGCAAAGAAGCCCCGGGUGAAAUCUAAUUAGUCAGUAAUAACACGGUUUGUUAAAUUUUCGAACACUCCGAAUUAAUUGAUCGAGAUAAAGUUUAUCUCCGAACAAUGAUCAAAAUCUUUGACAUGUAAAAUUAUAUUAAUUUAAACCAAACAAAACAUGUUUUGACAAAUUAACAAGCCGUGUUCUUACUACCUCAACAUCACUUUGCUCGGGGUUAAACGUGCUCAAAACAUGCAGGAAAGACCUGUGCCAAACUUGACCCCUCAGACUGAACCUGGCGUGUACGCACACACACACUCUUAUUUGUCCUCUUCGGUUCCGAACCGGUGGACGACCCCCCCCCUCCUCCCAUGUGACUCUCCCACCACCCCCGCCAAGUUCCCUGGCGAAACAAAACCUGUUGCUGACGGCGGUGGCCUUUUUGGUGUGUGUUGCUAAAGUUGUUGUUGCUGUUGCCGUUUGUUGAGUGUUGUUGAUAGGACCCGGACCGCGCCGCGUCUUGUACAUAUGUUUGUGUUCCCUUGACAUUCACCUUUCUUCGAUGAUGCUCGAUUGAAAAAACCCGCGCGGGGCCACUUUCGAGUGCGUGGCCAUGUGUGUCGCUCGAUGCCCUCAAGGGAUCGAGGGCGGGGAGGGUUGUUUGGCAAGUUUCACUUGAGAGGAGCAAGGCUUUUUUUGGAUCGAAAUCAGCUAAACAACAAUCCCUGUUCCCUUUGAGAACGGCAAAUUCACUCACCAAACUAGCUUAGAUUAGGCACUGCUCCCGAGAUAUCGCAUACGCAUUAUUGGAAGAAACGCUUCCCACCGAUUAAUAUUGCAAGUUAAUGACAACUCAAACGCUUUUAACUGUUUUCUCUAGUAAUUAUGUGCUCUUUCAGUUGCGUGUGAUGAGUAGCUAAUAAUAACAAUAAGUAUUAUAAGUGCAGCUGGAAAUGUUUGCCAAACGUUAUACAUAAGUUGGCUAUUAUAAAAGAAUAUAUAUAUCCUAUUGAUAGCACUGUUGAUUCUAAAAAAGGAAAUGGCGAUAAAUAAUUGCGCAUAUAUAAAUAUAUUUAAAUUACGUAUUAUGUAAGACUGGAGACAAUGAACCCAUAAAUCAAAAAGGGGAAACAGACAAAAAUGCAGACAGCAGUAGGCGACGACGACGCGACGCGACGAAACUUAACCUUAAUCGGCCUACUACUAGUAGUGGAUGUUUUCAAUGUUGUUUUAAGGAGGUGUUACACUGCAUCAUGUUUUGUUUUGACAGAUUAGCAGCUUGAAGCUCAUAACUUUUUAUCAUUUUUUUAAUGAUUUUUUUCGUACCGUAAACUGGGUUGACUUCUAUACAAGUUUAGAUUUGCUAAAAAAAUCAAAUUAUUCGCUCUAAAGAGGUUUGAUUGUUGAGGCAAUUGCAAACCUCUUUUUACACCUACGCUUCAAUCCACCCCGGAAUUGGAACUGACGACCUUUGGAUUGUUAGUCCAACUGUCUACCAGCGACUCUACCGAGGCACCCAGGGAGACAACUCCUACACCUGGAUUGAGCUAUCGACCUAACCUCUAGGAUAGACCGGGGCCAACAUUUACUUCCCCGUCCGAUGGAAGGCGCGAUUAGACAAAUCUCGUCUCAAAAUUUGCCACCGCGACCUUCUGGGAUCGAACCCAGGCCGACUGGGUGAGAGGCAACCACGUAUCUUAUCUUUUGAAGACAUUCUUCUUAUCGAUUUGGGGUCUUUGCCAAAGUUUCCCAAAAUCCAUAUUUUUUUAAUUUAGAUUUUUAAUGAUAUCCCAAAUUUUGAGCCAAAGAUAAGUUCGAUCAUAUAUAAGUUUUUUUGAAAAAAAAAAAUUUUAGUCAUAAAAUUUCAACUCCUGUUCUUUACAUCAAAUUUUGGAGUUGUAAGAUAUUAAAAAAAAAUAUUUUGAAAAUUGUUAAAUCGAGACUAACAUUACAAAGGUGCGUAAUAUUGAUUAUUUGGCCUUUUUAAAAAUGUGAGUCUCAAUUUCAAAAUUUUUAAGAAUAUUUUUUUCGAAAAACUCAUCAAACUUAACAAAUGUUAAAAUUUUUAACAAUGAAAAUCGAAUCAUUAGUUGCCUAACAAAAUUUUGACUAAAAUUUCUAUUUUGUCCAUUUUUUUUUUCAAAAUUGCAUAGCUCGGUGGCACAAUUUGGUUCAAAAGUUGCGGUUUUUGUCCAGUAAAACAUAGCAAAAAGUUUCAAAAAUUUAAACAUACGGGUCAUGGGAAAUGUUUUUAUUAUAAGGUUAAUAGUAAAAUCAGCAAAAACAAUUGAUUCCGUGUACCUGUUUUAUCGAAAUAGUCAUCAUCAAUACCGACAAUUUUGCAGAAGACACCAAAAAAUUCGAUCAGAAAUCUGAAAAAGUUAGAAGUUCUACAAUAAAACCGCAAAUAAGAUUUUAAAGCUUGUGUACCUUCAAACUCGCUCAAAAAAUUAAGGAAUAAAACUUAAGAAUUAAACAUAUUUCAUUGAUAAAAAAUAUAACUUAAAAACUCUUGCACUCAACAUUGGUUUUUAAUUUAAAAUUUUGUACUUGUUUAAUAUUUGUACUUGUUGACAUGCAAAACAAUUUAAUUUUUUUUAUGAAGUGGAAUAACAGUAAUCAUGUUUUAAGUAUUUUGUAAAAAUAUUACCUUUGAAAAUUUGUGACAUUUAAUGUUUCAACAUUUUCAACGAGGAACUGAAGCAAAAAAACGAAAUAAAAACUUUACUCGCGUUAAGGCUGCACGCAACCAAGAGAGUUGAUGUUUUCUUAGUUCAAAAUUGAAAACAUUACAAAAUAUUCUGUAUAUUUAUAAAGCGUGUCAAAAGUUUGAUAUUGUUUAAAUUUAAUUAGAAAACGUUGCUCGAUGUUUUAGAUCAUUUUUGACGAUUUCAGGCAGUACAAUUUAAAUGGGUUAAACCAUUACACUAUGCUUCGUUUUAUGCCAUUUAUAUUGUUUCGCUUGAUUUGCAAUAAUCCUUUGGGUUAGAAAUGACUUACACUGAAAUAAAAAAAUAGUACCAAAUUCCUUAAUUCUAGGAAUUUUGCCUCUUUUCCUUAUUUAGUAAUCGGAUUUUUUUGAUUACUUAAUAAGGAAAGGAGACAAAAUUCCUAGAAUUUAGGAAUUUGGUAGUCUUAUUUUUUUUUCAGUGUAAAUUUAAAGCUCUUAAUAUUGGGCAAAGUUAAAAAAGUAGAAAAUUCAAAAAUGGAAUUUGAUCGAUUUGGUGUCUUCUACAGAAUUGUUGUGAAACAAAACGUAUUUUUUGUGAACAUAAUAUCCAAUUUUUGAACCAUAUUGUUUAAAACCGAUAUUGAAAAUGGAUUUUUUUUAAAUAUGUUUAAAAAAACAUAAAAAAUAAGUUGUAACAAAAUAUUUGUGAUUAAAACGUACUUUUGAUCAUUUUGGAAAAAAAUUAAAUGUUUUUCAAGUAAUUGCCGUUUAGCAUUUAAUUAUUUGGCACUUUUCAAGUGUUUGUAAGUUCAAAUAUUUGAAAGUAUUUUUUGCAAAAAGAUUAAAAUUAAAAGGCACUUGAUUUUAUAAAAAAAAACCCUAUUUUUGGCAUUGAAACCGGAUCAACAGUUUAAUUGAUAUCAACGUUCCAUAUAUAAAUGAGUUGAAUUGGUUACAAUUAGAAAACCAGAGGUCGGCUCAACAAAUGAUCAUAAACUUAAUUGAUUAAAAAUUUAGAAAUUAUUGGUAGACUUUUAAAUUUAAAAAAAAUCCAAAUUUUGCAAAAGAACUUUUGAUUCCAAAUUUCUACAUUCAAAAAAUAUUGGUUUUCUCUAUUAUAUAUUCCUAUUCCUUCUAAAACGCACUUCAUAAAAAAACAAUCCAAAUUUGGUUAAAAUAUACCCCUCAUAAACUACAACCCAAAAGUUGGCAUUUCGAGUCCACAAAACAUAUUCAAAAAUAUAUGUAAGCUGCAAAAAAGUUUUCCAAAAUCGAUAUUAUGUGAUGAAUAGUUGAUAAAAAAAAUUGGGAUAUUUUUAAAACUGAAAACUUGCGUUGCCUAGUCUUCAAACAAAGUUUCAUGCAGUGAAAUACCUCCUGUAAGUAGAUUUGCCUGCUUGCGAAACUAAAUUUCGGCAACGAUUCUAUCAAUUCUAAACGCAUAACUAGCCGGUCUUAUCGUUGCUGUAAUAGCAAAUUCACUCAGAAAUCGUUAUGCCAAUCUUUUGGUAAAAAAGGCAGCUUUAUCUGUACAGUAGCACAAAUGGCCAUUAGAAAGAGAGAGAAGAAGAAGAAAAACACUCACAAAAGCUUUAAGUGGAAUUUAACAAAAAUGAUGUCCAAACAGCAGUGGUCACUUGAGAUUCUAAAGGGAACAAAACAAGAACAAUACGCGAGGGGGAAGAAGGAUGCUGAUGUUAUCUUCGCAAGUGGAGAAAGAAACUAGAAAGGAGAGGCAGGGAAAUCUUAAACAAUUGUGUCACAGAUUAAAAGUUAUACAAAAAAAGUGUACUAACAAAAAAGUUCAUGUAUUUAAUCAAUUAUAUUAAGCAUAUAAACGAGAAAAAUAGUUUCAAAUGACCUAAAUCUAUAUUAGCAAGGGCAGCAAGAAUAAAGAAAAUUGCUCUGUCAAUUAAAUCCUGGAAAUGACUGUCUAUUUUUCAAGAAGCACAAAACAUCAGUCGGAGCUUGGUCUGAAAGUCUGUAUCAAAAUAUCAAAGUUUAACUAUGACUUACAAAAAUAAAACACGCAAACAACUGUUGGACAGCAUCAAGAGGCAAACUUUGUCUUUAAUGGAUCAGUGUGCUUGUUACCAAGUAGCGGUAGAGUGUUGUAGUAGUGAAAUGCAGAACUGUAGAUGAUAGGCUUAAGCAACUGAUUACGGUGAAGAUUGAAUAACCAGAAAUCAAAAUCUUUCACUAGCUGUCCAUUAUUGGCAUAAAGACAUACACAUCUUCCUAGUUAUUUUUAUACAACUAUUUUUAUGUAUACAAAACUCAAAUAUAAUAUCUAUUGAAAUAUAUCAACAAAGAGAAGAAAAAAACACACUUAUUAUAUCAAUAAUUAUAAGCUAAGCAAGAGAAGAAAAAGGAAGAAGAAAUAUUAUAAAACUGUUUCUAUACACAUGCUAAACACACACAAAAAUUCACUUAAACAGAAAAAAAA